GAGACGUUUGAGAGAGCCAAGGCCUGGGUGAAGGAGCUGCAGCGACAGGCCAGUCCUAACAUUGUUAUCGCCCUGGCUGGGAACAAGGCGGACCUGGCAGAGAAGAGACUUGUAGAGUACGAGGAAGCUCAGACGUAUGCGGACGACACCGGCCUGCUCUUCAUGGAGACCUCUGCCAAGACGGCCAUGAACGUCAACGAGCUCUUCCUGGCUAUUGCGAAAAAGAUGCCAAAAACAGACACCCAGAACCCGACACAUGCAGCACGGCACCGCGGCGUCAACCUCCAGGACCCAGACGCUCACUCUACCCGAGCCUGCUGCGGUGGGAACUAGACCUGCACUACUCCCUCCAGUACUCCCACCAUCCUCACCACCACAGCCCGUCAACCCCCCCCCUUCAACCAACUUACAGGCGAGGGCCCGAGGUGGGGUAACCCAGUAUCUACGCACCCACUUCCCCUCCAUUCAUCCUCCUGUCCAAGCAGACAGAUCAUUUAAAAUGAGAGAAUGAGGCGCGAUGAUUCACAUCUGUGUCUCCUGAACAACUGAGAUCCUGCAUUUGGAAACAACGAGAGCAGGUUUAUAGACGACUGAGACAGAGAAGUGCAAAAUAAAGAAUGUGGAAGACAGUGGCAAGCCUGUUGUAGUAUUUAGCACUAA